GUUAGAUGGGGAGCCUUCUUCCGUAAGGGGUUUUGAUUGGCCGGCCAGAGAGGUUACCUGGGACCUCCAGGGACUUUGAUAGGAUUGGGAAAGGCUUGUGUUCCCGAAGCCUUGGGAGUUGUCAGAGUCUAGAGAGAAGGGAUCUCAGUCCUAGGAAGGGUCACCCUCCUAGAAAUAGCUACCGACCAAUCUCAGGAGACCCUGGUAUUUCUAGAGCAGGCUUUGCUUUCACCAAACCCAAGGAGGGUUCUGAAGCCCCUGCACAGAACCUAAGAAUGCUGUGACCAGAAGAUGGGAUCUCGAAACAGCAGUAGCGCAGGAUCCGGGUCUGGAGACCCCUCCGAGGGAUUGUCCGGAAGAGGGGCUGGCCCACGUCGGAGUGAGGAAGAGGAAGAGGAGGAUGAAGAUGUGGAUCUGGCCCAGGUACUGGCCUAUCUCCUCCGCAGAGGCCAAGUGAGGUUGGUGCAGGGAGGAGGUGCAGCAAAUUUACAACUCAUCCAGGCCCUCUCGGACUCAGAGGAAGAGCAUGACAGUGCUUGGGAUGGUCGUCUCGGGGAUCGCUACAACCCGCCCGUGGACGCAACCCCUGACACCCGGGAGCUGGAAUGCAAUGAGAUCAAGACACAAGUGGAAUUGGCCACAGGGCGACUGGGGCUUAGGCGGGCAGCCCAGGAGUACAGCUUUCCUCGAAUGUUAUACCAGAGAGAACGGGGCCUCUGCCACCGGGGAAGCUUCUCCCUUGGAGAACAGUCUCGAGUGAUGUCUCACUUCUUGCCUAAUGAUCUGGGCUUCACUGAUACCUACUCUCAGAAGGCUUUCUGUGGCAUCUACAGCAAAGAUGGUCAGAUCUUCAUGUCUGCUUGCCAAGACCAGACAAUCCGAAUCUAUGACUGCCGGUAUGGGCGCUUUCAUAAAUUCAAGAGCAUCAAGGCCCGGGAUGUAGGCUGGAGUGUCCUGGAUGUGGCCUUCACCCCUGACGGGAACCACUUCCUCUACUCCAGCUGGUCUGAUUACAUUCAUAUCUGCAACAUCUACGGGGAAGGAGACACACACACUGCCCUGGAUCUAAGGCCUGAUGAGCGUCGCUUUGCUGUCUUCUCCAUUGCGGUCUCCUCAGAUGGACGAGAAGUGCUAGGAGGGGCCAAUGAUGGCUGCCUGUAUGUCUUUGACCGAGAACAGAACCGGCGUACCCUUCAGAUUGACUCCCAUGAGGAUGACGUGAAUGCAGUGGCCUUUGCUGAUAUAAGCUCCCAAAUACUGUUUUCUGGGGGUGAUGAUGCUAUCUGCAAAGUGUGGGAUCGACGCACCAUGCGGGAGGAUGACCCCAAGCCUGUAGGAGCACUGGCUGGGCACCAGGAUGGCAUCACCUUCAUUGACAGCAAGGGCGAUGCCCGGUAUCUCAUCUCCAACUCCAAAGACCAGACCAUCAAGCUCUGGGAUAUCCGGCGCUUUUCCAGCAGGGAGGGCAUGGAAGCCUCACGCCAGGCUGCCACACAGCAAAACUGGGACUAUCGCUGGCAGCAGGUGCCCAAAAAAGCCUGGCGGAAGCUGAAGCUCCCAGGGGACAGCUCCUUGAUGACCUACCGGGGCCAUGGGGUGCUACACACCCUCAUCCGCUGCCGAUUCUCCCCCACCCAUAGCACCGGCCAGCAGUUCAUCUACAGCGGCUGUUCCACUGGCAAAGUGGUUGUGUACGACCUCCUUAGCGGCCACAUUGUGAGAAAGCUGACCAACCACAAGGCCUGUGUGCGUGAUGUCAGUUGGCACCCCUUUGAAGAGAAGAUUGUCAGCAGUUCGUGGGAUGGGAACCUGCGUCUGUGGCAGUACCGCCAGGCUGAGUACUUCCAGGAUGACAUGCUGGAGUCCGAGGAAUGUGCCAGUGUCCCCAGUCCAGUGCCCCACCCUUCUACAGCCUUUUCCUCACCCCAGUAGUCUGACCUCUAGCCCCAUACACGGUGAACUUCUCUACAAGCUCUCUGCUUCCUCCCUUUCUCCUUUCCGGGGAAUGCUUGGAGUAAUCACUGGCAUUGGAUGGGGAGAAACAGAAGCCCCUGCUCUGGGCCCCAGCUGAGCCCUGGAAGAUCCUCCUCAUAGGGUGGGGCAGAGUGGUCUCUUCAUGUGCUCACACCCAGUUGCCUUGGGUCCCUAUCUCUGGCCAGGGUCCAGCAGGACUGCCAUUAUCUGGGGCGUGGCCUCUGCCAGCAGGAGAACUGUCUUAAGUGUUUUUAAUCAUGUUUGGGUGUUAUGUGUUGGCUCCUAGAGUCAACACUGAGGCCAGGCUGAAGGGACUUGUCAGCCAGGUACUUGCCCAGGUCUUCUCAUUGAGGAUUAGACUGGCCAAUCACAGGGCCAGGUGUCCUGGCCUUUGUUCCUGAGGUUUUAGGGGAGGGUGGGGUGGGUAGGGAUGUUUCCUCAGCACCCUUCUGAGGUGGGGAUUAUGUCUUCUCUUAUGUCUGGGUCUUUGGGGUAGGACAGGCUGUGGUGUGAGAGGCAGGAGUCUCCAGAAGCUCCAUGUGGCCCCACACAGGGCAGGCCCUACCUUCCCAGAGGGUCCCAUCCUGCUGGAGGCAAGAAGCUUGAAGGAAGAGGGCUGAAGUAGGAUUUCUCUGUCCUCUCACCAGCUUUGGCUCCCUCAAUAAACUCUCUGUGGGAACCUGA